AUGGCGCCGCACACGUGGCUGCACCCUGGUGCAAUUGCCGUCGAGAUGGGUCACAACCACAGCGCGCAGUGCACUCAUCGGCUCCUGCGAGGACGAUUGGCACAUCCGGACUCACGGUCCGAGAUUGUAGCGCGGUCGUACGGUAUCGACCAGCAGAACCUCCCGGUACCAGCAUGCGGGAAAACGUCUGCGUUAGGGAUUCUGAUUCUGAUUCUGGGCGCAGAUAACAAGACCUACCAGCAAAGACCGGGCUGGAACGGAACGGACCAAUACGGUGUGGAGACGUAUCUCGAACGGAUGCGAUCCAUUUGCGUAACAAACCGUCUCGUGUACUCUGCAGUGUAUCUCCUCGGCAAUCAGAUGCAGAUUAUUAUAAUUCGAACGGCUGGUUCCUACAUGACGCUGGUGCAGUCUUUGGUGGAGUUAAUGCCAAAAACAUCGUCAGUGCACGCAUUCCGCCAAUCCCAGUACAAACCACUGCGAUCGCAACGGAGGGCAUUCAGGAUCCUCGGUUACUACCCGGGAGAUUCGGGCUUUCGGCACUGGUCGCUGGUUGGCGUUUUCCUGUUUCAUUACUGGUCCCAGGUUCAGCUGUGCUACUGGGAGUUUAGCCACGGCUGGCACAAGAUUCGCGAAGGUGAGGUGUUUGUGGCGCUGGAAGUGAUGACACCUACCCUGAGCCGGGUCGGGGCACUGCUCAAGUGUUUCUUUCUAUUCGCCGAACGGAAGAGCCUCCCAUACGAGUACAAGUACUCACCGGUGUUUGAGUUGACAUUCCUGCUGAUGUCCUACAUUACGUUCACCCCUUGCUUCAUGCUGGCUGGCAGCGAUGGCCUGUUCAUCGGCGUCAGUCUACUCGUCAGCAGCCGGUUUCGAAUAGUCCAACAGCAGCUGAGAAAUCUAAAGACAGAAGAGAGCCUUCUCGAAAUUGAUCCUACAGAGAACAAGCGAAUUUUGACGCAAUUGAAGCAAAUUGUCCAGCAUCACAAUCAGGCUAUUGAAAUGUCCCAGGAAUUGUCCUCGCUGUUCGUACCGAACGUAUUUACGUGCUACACUAUCGCCGCCGUUAAGCUGGGUAUGGCAUGCCUUAUUAUGUCUAAGCAAGGAACGAUGAUCUUCGGCAUGAACAUCAUGGUUGACCGUCAAAGACUACCGUCGUGCGACGAACGUAGUGUAGCGAUGGUAGCGUGA